AUGGAGGAAUACGAGGCGCCAUGCUUCUCCCACGAGAGCAUGCUCACGCCGCCACCCGAGUCCCCCAACCACAAGGCCUCCGAGUUCCCCGGCCUCGCCCAAGAGCUCAACCCUCACAAUACCCCCGCCGCCGCCGCCGCCGCCACUGCCGGCGAGCCGCGACGCAAGAGCAGGAGCCCGUCUUCGAAGCGGUGGAACGGCGACGGCAAGGGAAUUCAGGUCGACAUUGGCGCCCGCCUGCGCGAGUACCUCGACUGCCUCAACAACCGCCGGUUCGACGUCAUCGGCAACUACCUCGCCGACACCCUCGAGCGCAACAACCGCACCCAGACCCGCGAGGAGCACAUCGACCGGCUGCGCUCGCGCGUCGAGGCCCUCGCCAGCUUCCGCAUCAAGAUCGACACCCUGCUCGUCGACAAGAAGGCCCGCGCCGUCGCCGUGCGCUACAUCAACCGCGUCGCCCUCGCCGACGCCAUGAUGUUCGUCGACAAGCCCGGCACGACGUACGAGUUCGACGAGCAGUGCUUCGUCUGGUUCGACGCCCAGGGCAAGAUCGCCCGCAUGCUCACGCUGCAGGACAACGACGGCAUCCGCCUGCAGACGCCCGAGGCCGCCGUCACGCCGCGCUUCCUCACGCGCAGCACGCCGCGGGAGCCCGUCGACCUGGCCGCCGUGUACCGCCGGUACAUCGCGAGCGUCAACCACGGCACCACGGCCGCCGAGUUCCCGCGCUGCUGCCGGCGCGAGGUGCGGCACAACGACCGCGUCAUGCCGCUCGAGGAGUACCGGCGCGGCGUCGAGGGCAGCCGGGAGGCCAUCUCGGGCCUGCGCUUCGAGAUCCAGGAGCUGCUCGUCGACGACGAGACGCAGCAGGUCGCCGCGCGGCUGCAGAUCACGGGCACGCCGGUGGCCGAGUUCGCCGGCGCGCGGCCCAACGGCAAGGCCGUCAAGUUCCACGAGCACUGCAUGUACCGCUUCGACAAGGGCAAGAUCGCGCUCGUGUGGGCGACGAUGGAGCUGGACGCGUACCGCAGGCAGCUCGAGGAGCGUCCGGAGCGGCGGAAGUCGUCCAUGCUGGGCAUCAACUGA